CGUCUUUUCUGUCUAUAAAAAGGGCCCUUUGCUCCCCAAUUCGGUCAUCCACCGGGCGUUUCUGGAAAGGUGAACUUGAGUCGACGCGAAGUCAAACAGAACCCUAACCAUCUCCUUCUUCGUUAUUCGAUCUUCCGAUUUCUCUUGCAAUCUUGUUUCCCCUCUCCUUCAGGAUCAGAUGCACUUCCGGCCAUUGUCAUACCAAAAUGCAGGUAUUGAGCUGGUUUUUGUAUCUGAAUGGACACCAAGAAAUUCUUCCAAUUGGUUGAGGAGAAGAAGAAGAGAGCUUUGGAGAAGAAGGAAGCUCCAUUGAAAUGGGAACAAAAACUUGAAGCUGCGGCCAAGGCAAAGGCUGAUCAUGAGGGAGGACGGAGAGCAGGUAAGCGAAUUCAUAGGAAGCACAGGAAACAUAGCCACUCUGAUUCAGGUGACUAUGAGAAGAUGAAGGAUAGAAAAUCCAAGAGAAAACCGAAACGUCGUCGCUCGUCUAAUGAUGUCAGCAGCGAUGAAAUUGGUGGCCACUCUGAAGAAGAUAGGAGGAAGAAGAGAAACCAUAGAAGACAUAUUCAUGAUGAUUCAAGUUCCGAUGAAAGUUACUCCGGUUCUUCUAACGAUGAUAUUGAGACAACUAAAAGAAGUCACUCCCGGCGUCACAAACAUCAUAGGCGACCUAACUAUUCAUCAUCUGACGAUUCUAGCAGUGAGGAUGAUACUAGUUUGCGAAGGAAAAGGCAUGUAAGGCACCACAGGCCCCACCAUCGACACGGGCAAUCCCAUCGAUCGUGUAGUAUCGAUUCUUUAGAUUGUAAUUAUGGCAGGCAUGAGGCUAGAAGCCAGUCUUCAGGGAAGUCAUCUGACGAUAAUCAUGAAGAAGAAUCAGCACUACAAUCUCGGCACAAGAGAGAAAAUCACCAUCACAAACAUCGGCACCACCAUCAUUCAGGUGAGAACAAGCAUUCAUUCAAUGGGUCGACCAAGAUAGAUGAAAAAUAUAACGACGAUGACCCUGAUGGAAACAACCACGAUCGUUCCAAGAAUCCUCAUUAACCUCGUAAUGAUUCUGAUAUUGGGUUGAUCAUUCCAGGAUUCCGGCUGCAUAUGUUUGUUUUAUGUGGAUUGCUUCUGAAUGGCUUGUUGCUUGUAAUUUAGGCAUUACAAUUAUAUAUCACAUUAUAUAGGCCGCACGACUCUUGGCUGCUAAUUCUACAGCUACUCCAUUCCUAUAGUUAUAACCUAAAUCUUUUGAU